AUGGCAAAGAUACAGUGGUCCUUGGCGAAGGCGCCAAGUGUUCUUCGGAUUAGUUUAAAACAGAGGUGGCGACGACUCCAAAUUGUCUUCAAAUCCCUGUUCUACAAUGACUUCUUGAAUUGGAGUUACGCCUGUGAUAUACUUAUGGAACCCAUGUUCUGGUUUGUCGAGAACUUUACUUCCUUUUUGGGUCCGGUGUUCGUGAUAAUGGUGAGCCUGCUAACUGUCAGCAUUGUAUACAUUGCGUACUACGUGGGCCUACCCUGGUGGUGGGAACGGAGUCCACUGAUGACGAUAAUCUUAUUGCUAGUUGGAAACUGGUUGCUGGUUAAUGUCUGCUUUCAUUAUUAUAUGGGCGUAACUGUGCCAGCAGGCAAUCCACCACAGGGAGGCCUUAUUCCAGAGGCUGUGAGCAUCUGCAAGAAGUGCAUCAAGCCAAAACCACCCAGAACACAUCAUUGUUCUGUCUGUAACAAGUGUAUUCUCAAGAUGGAUCAUCAUUGUCCUUGGUUAAACAAUUGUGUCGGCCAUUACAAUCAUCGGCACUUUUUCAUGUAUAUGGUUUACACCGUAGUUGGUGUUACGUUCAUUAUGAUAUUCGGCGUGCAACUCGCCUAUGAGGACUUCUUUUCUGAUCAAGAACCGGAAUUGGACGGUCAUCCAGUGCGCCUCAAUAAUUCGGAAAUAAUUCCACUGACGGAAUCGUUGGAUCACUUAAGUAAGGAGGAGCUGGCAGAAAUAGCAAGACAAGCGGCGGAAACUGAGGCCAAAGAAUGGCGACACAGAUUAAUAAUUUUUGCGGGUCUGAUAUGUGUCGCCACAUUUGCAGCACUGGGUGCCCUAGCCUGGUGGCACGCAGGUCUCAUUAGCCGAGGAGAGACUAGCAUCGAGGCACAUAUCAAUAAUGCGGAGUUGAAGAAGCAUCGAGCUCAAAAUAAGUUUUAUCAGAAUCCUUACGAUUUCGGGCCAAGAGAAAACUGGAGAUUGUUCUUAGGAACAAAAAAUAGGAGCUGGUGGUAUAUUUUAUUUCCAUCGAUCCAUGGCCCUUACGGCGAUGGACUUACAUGGCGAACUAUUCAUGAUAGCAAAAUCUCUUGAUUUUUCUUUAAAGUUCUGAAGUUUUACGUCAGUCUAACAUUUUAUAAUUCAUUUUAUAAUUCAUGUCUUCUUGUGAAUUCUCUUACGUUCCAAUAUUCUAGUCAGAAUCACAGACUGUUCAACUGCAAUACAAUUCAAUUACAUAGUUAAUUGAAGUAGUAUAUAUACAAUUAACCAUUUGCAAUAAUUCUCUCAAUAGGCAAUAAUUAGAACAAGUCAACUUUUUUGAAAAAUUACAAAAUUAUUCUAACAUUGGAAAUUAAUGUCAUGUAACAAAAUGAUGAAUAGAGAAAAAUUUGCAAAUGAAUUUUUUAAUCCUUAAUUAAUUUGACUGGCUGGUUAUUUAAUAAUUAACUAAAGACUAAUUGUAACACUUGAUUUAUCCAAGUACAAUUUAAUAAAUGUUUUUUAUACUUUUCGUAAAA